CAGGGUCCUGGGAGACCAGAUAUAGUGAAUGCAGGGCCCAGGGAGACCAGAUAUAGCGAAUGCAGGGCCCAGGGAGACCAGAUAUAGUGAAAGCAGGGGUCCGGGGAGACCAGAUAUAGUGAAUGCAGGGUCCUGGGAGACCGGAUAUAGUGAAUGCAGGGUCCGGGGGAGAACGGAUAUAGUGAAUGCAGGGUCCGGGGAGACCAGAUAUAGUGAAUGCAGGGUCCGGGAGACCCGAUAUAGUGAAUGCAGAGUCCGGGGAGACCAGAUAUAGUGAAUGCAGGGUCCGGGGAGACCGGAUAU